AUGGCUCAACCAAAACCGGAGACUUUUAAAAUAACUGACUUACCGUCAUCUAAAUUUUAUGAUAUGCUGGAUAAGGAUUCUUUGAGUUUAGAGAAAUCAAAUGUAAUAUUCUGUAGUAGGCUUUCGCGUACAUUUGAUAAUUUUGACAAAAUUAAAAAACUUUGUUCAAAAUAUAUAACAUAUUUAAGAAAACAAAAUAAUAUAUGGAAAAAAUAUGGUUACAACGACAAGAACUGUAAGCUUCUUAGCUAUUGGGUAUCUCAGGAGCUAUUAGGAACUCUUAAAAUUGAUAAAAAUAAAUGUAAUGAAGUAUUCGCACAAAUUGAAGUCAUGUGGAGUUACGCUUCUAAUGUUACAGGUGAACACAUAUCAUAUAAAUGCACACCUUAUAGUUAUAUUUUUUUUUUCUACAGUAAUUGGGAAAAUGCUAAAGUUCUGUAUGAUUACUAUGUAGAUUUUGAUUACCUUAAAUCUAUUCCAGAUGGGUGUGGUGAUAACUGUAUUGAUUUAUGUGAGUACCUUAAAAAAAUAGAUAAUGCAUAUAAAAGUUUUAAAACAUUUUGUUCUUAUAAACAAGAAUCUAUAUGCCCGCUUUAUGAUAUUGAUUAUAAAGCCUACGAUCCAGAAUUAUUGUUAAAAAAUUUUAAAUGUCAUACCUCGUCUCCGGUAUUAGAUAGUGUUAUACAAGAUCUAUCUAAAGUAGAACAAGAAGUUCCUCCUGAUGGAAAAGAGGCUUCUAGUAUUCUAAUUAGUACAGAAGAUUCUCAGGAGAAAUCAGAAUUAUUAAAUGAAAAACCCAAGACUAUAGGUACUUUUGGUAAUUCUCUUUUAGGAUUAGUACUAACAUCUAUGUUAUUUGCUCUUUUAUAUAA